UGACAUGGGUGUCCGUGGGACUCUGGCAGAGCUGGACACUGUGCUUCCCUGGGUGGUGACGAGGCUUGCAACCAGCAGCAGUCAGCAGUGUCAGAGGCAGCACCAGUCACCACUACACACUCCCAGCCACCUCCUACCACUUCCCAACAGUCCACACUAGACAUAGAUGACCAUUUUGAUGUGGUAUCUGAACUGGGUGACGUGGCUCACAUGUGGAUGUCACUUGGAGGAGCUCUCAGACUACGACAGCCCAUCCUGGACAGGAUCGAAAAGGAGAGACAAAACAACAUGAGAAGAUGUCUGUCAGAGAUGGUGAUCGAGUGGCUGAACCAGUCUUACAACACGGAGCGUUUCGGACUGCCUU